UCAUCCCUUCACAGCCAUAGUUCCUUCCCACAGUCCCUUGAUCCUUAACCUAAACAUCCCACGCUCAUAUUAGCACUCACCAACACCUCUUUAACAAAUACACACACAAUGAGUUCUGAUGCGCUAACUUACGCUGGGUAUGAAGAGCCUCAUUUUCUUGAAGCUUGUACUCUUUGCUCUAAGCCUUUGGGUCACAACAGUGACAUAUUCAUGUACAGAGGGAACACACCAUUUUGUAGCCAAGAAUGCAGGCAAGAACAGAUUGAAAAUGAUGAAGCAAGAGAGAGGAGAUGGAAGGUUUCAUCCAAGAAAUCAGCAGAGACUUCCAACAAGUCUGCAACUGUGCAAACUGGAACUCUUGUUGCAUCCAAUUAGCCAAAUUUUAUAAAAUAUUAUGUGAAAUUACAUAAUUACCCCUCUCUGAUAAACAAUAUAUGAGGGGAGGGGGGUGUAUGGGUAACUUGUAAUUUUGUAUAGAAGUUAAUGGUGGGGUGUCACAAUGCUUGAUGGCGAUGAUAAAGGGGAAAAGACAUAGAUACCCUUUGAGAUAAAUUUUGGUCUUUUGUUUUUUCCUUUUUUUCUUGUGAUGAUUUUCUUUUUGGGUUUUUGGGUUUUUGCAACCUUCAUGUCUUUGGGUUUUUAUGUUCUAUAAUGAAAAUACCCAACUUGAUCAUGUUUGGAGAUAUACGGUAAAUUUUUAGUAGUGAUGGAUCUA